CCCCUCUAUAGAGGGGAGGGGACCAGGCAUUUCAGCAGAGCUCAGCCGGCAGCAGCAGCCUCCGGACUUUCACUCCCAGCUCGCCCCCCUCGCCAGCAUGAACGGGAAAGCCCUAGCGCUGCUCACUUGUCUGCUGCUCUCUCUCUCCCCCUCGGAGGAGAAACCCGUCAGCCUGACCUACCGAUGCCCCUGCAGGUUCUACGAGAGCAACGUGGCUAAAGCCAAUAUCAAGCACCUCAAAAUCCUGACCACCCCGAAUUGCUCGCUGCAGAUUGUCGCAAGGCUGAAGAACAACAGUAAGCAAGUAUGCAUUGAUCCCAAGUUAAAGUGGAUUCAGGAAUAUCUGGAGAAAGCUUUAAACAAGAGGUUCAAGAUGUAAGAGGCAAGCAUUGUAAGCCGUCUACAGGAUUUCUUACUGUAGGACCCAGAGAGCAGAUAACCAGUAUUAGGGAAUGAAUGCAUUUCACUGUUAUCAUGCAGCACAAAGGCAAGGCUUCAUGCAUUUCCAAAGGCUUUUCUCUCUUUUUUUUGCACAAAUUGGCUUGCUUUCACAGUACAAUUUUAUGGAGUAAUGUGUUUGUUUUUUUAAAAAAACAAUCUUUUUGUAGUUUGGUUUAUCAUCUAGCACUGGUGGCAGCGAUGAAUUUAGACUAACCCUACAGUAUAAUAUCGUUUUCCUUGCCUGUAUUAUUUAGCAAUUGCUGUUAAGUUCAUGCCAGCAUCCAAGAGUUUUUACCUAGCAGGAGCUGUGAGGUGCAAUUUGAUGGGGUAAUUCUUAUGUUCCUAUGCUCCCAAUGACUCAGCACAAAAAGCAAUGCAUUUUCCCAUUUCUGUAACCAGAGCUUGUCUGCAGCCCUACCUGAGACAGGACACAGGGCAGGAGAGCAACACUGGGGCUGGCCCAAGUCUGCACAGUAGAGCGAGAUUUUGCGAGUGUGCGUGCAGGCAAACGUUCCCAGUUCCCAGGCGGAGAUGCCUCUGUCUGCCGGUGAAACGAUCUAGUAUCCAGAGCUCCAUUUGCAACAAGGUAUCACUCAGGAGACACGUGCCACCUCCGGCAACUCCGCAGGCCUGUUAUUUCUUCCUCUUGAUUCCCAGCUCUGUAGCCACAUAUAAAGAUGUAUGAAAUAGGAAACGUAGAGGAAAGGUAUCUCAGCGACGGGGCAAUCUCUUUGUUACUCUGUGCACUGAGAAAUGGGGAAAACCGCGAGUAGCAAAAUAUCUGUGUGAUACCCAACAUUGUGUAUUAGGUGGGUUUCUUUCGAAGGAAUCUUCUCCUUUAUGUGGAGCUUGUAUUCUGAGCAUGCAAGGGCUGCUAUACUAAGCACUCUCUUCCGUUGCAAGUAACUUACAUGCCAAAGGACCAUUCUGUCUGUCCCAGGGAUGUCUUAUUUUCCACUUUGGUCACUGUGGCAAACUAAGUAUUCUCCUCCCUACAAAAUGAUCGUGCUAGUGCAGGAUGUGCUUCUGUGGGCACCAGGUCGCCCCAUCAGCUUUGAAGCAGAAACCAAGCAGGAGCUCUGCCUGAAAACAGUGCGGGUGAUUUGGUCCAUCAUUUCUUCCUACUACUUUGGUGCUUUUAUGUCUUGUGCACCCGCUUUUGUAGGCAUUUGUGAAGUACCACUGACAUCAAUGGCAGUUUUACAGCUGAUUUCAAUCGGAGCAAGAUCAGACCCUCUGUCAUUUGUGUAAAGGCAAAAAGAGCUUACGUGACCAAGAAAACCAUAGAUUAGUGCAUCUUCCAUAUUGUGUGUUUUAUCACCUAGGGGCCAGACUCCCUCCUGAUAUAGGUGUCUGCAGUUGCCAGUGACGUGGCUGGAGAGUACAUACCUGCAUCAGAGGCAGGGGUUACCCCCAGGUUUUUAAAGAUGUCUUGGAGAAAGUGCCUAUUAAUUUCUAUUCUAACACAGAAUUAUAAUCUGUCUCUCCCACCUGCUGGACAGUGAUUCCUCACGCACGUUGUCUGAACUGGGCACCAGCUCAAAUCCUGCUCCCAUUGAAUCCAGUUUAGAUUGAAAUCUCGCUCUCUGACUCGAGGGGUGCAUUUACCACAACAGCGGCCCUUUAAAACCCAAAACCAUGUUCUGCCUUCCAUGACGACCUCCUUUAAACAGCCCUCAGUGUGAGGACUGACCUCCUGGGUGACAGAGCCAGCCUCAGUGGGUCAGUGCUUAGAGCACUGCAUUUGGCUCUCCCCCAUGCAGUCUCCCUGCCUUCAGCUAUCAUAACUGGUGCAAACCUUAGUGUAGACAGACAAAGCCACUGUAAGCCAUGCAUGGCAAUUUCCCCCUGCCGGAGACAAAAACAGCCAGCAAGGCUGGUGCAGCAGCACCGAUCACACGGACGGAAGGGCAUUGGUCACUUGGAGGGCUGUCCCAGUCACGCAGAGAAGUAGAUGCUUUGUGGAAGAAAGGAACAUUAAUGACCUAUUUUAUGGGCAAGUUAUUCGCUGGGGUCUCUGAGGGUUCUGUUGUUUGCUCUAUAGUAUUUGCAUCAGAAGUGUUAAUCAGGAAACAGAAAUGACAGACAGGCAAUUUACGCUAGAGAAAUCAAUCCCUGUACAAUUGAAAGCUUCUUGCACUAAUACUUGAAUUGUGGUCCACUUCUAGCUAAUACUUAGCCCUGCCAUGAGUGCAGGAGACUGGACUAGAUGACCUCUCGAGGUCCUUUCCAGGCCUACGACUCUAUGAUUUUAUGAUUCCUGUGGCCCUCUGCGAUGUUAGCAAGUUGCGGUGCAUCGGUUUCAUAAAUCUGGUUCCGCGGACAUGGAUCCGUGGUAAGUUUUGCUUUCUACAUUUGGCUGUCGACCAAAGACAAAUUCAGGGGAAGGAAGCAGGAGCAUACAGGAGUAAUGCCAGGGCUGGCCACACGUGAAUGUGAAGAGGAAGAAAAAAAAUAACACUGAAACGGUGCCAAAAGAGCAUUUUCCACAAAUGUGAAAUGUUCACGCGUGGCUAUGUUCUAAGUGACAGCCAUAGAAUCCCAGGUUUAAAAACCAGAAAGGAAAGAAAAUCUGGUAUUUAUCACUGUGCCAAUACUCAUGUUUAUAUGAGCUUUACAACUGUAGUAGCUUUAGAUGUUGAUGUCUUAUUUGAGUCCUGCUUGAGAAAGUGUGAAGGGUGAAUUUUCAAUGUGUUAUUAACCGGUGUGGUAUUUGAGCAAGGGUGACUGUGGUUGGUCUUUUCCAACGGAGGCUGUAUUCCGAGUUGAAUGUACACAUUUGAUUGAAUAUGCAGUUCCUAUAAUUUCUUGUUGCUAUUUUGCCUUUAUUGGGAUCUUGACGAUCCCCUCUUCUCUGAAAACUUGUACUGAUCUAUGUCAAUUACAGCAUAUAGGCACUUGUCAGUACUCAUACCAAAAUACAAACUUAACCUUUACCACCAUCCAAUUACAUAAUAGCCUUGUUUGCAAAUCCGGAUCUUCAUUGACCCCAGAGAAGAAGGCAUAUACAUCACCAUGGAAGGGCUGCAUGCACCCUCCAACCUCUGAUCAUUGAGAAAUCAGUGUUGUAAGAAUGUGGUGAAUACUGUAUUUUGUAUUGUUAUUGAGGAAAAAAAAACACUUCCCACAUAAUGUGAAAAAGUUUUUCUGAAAGGCAGCUUUAUGGAGAUAUUAUAUACAUUUGUGCUUUUUAAAAUAAUUCCUUUUCAUAUAGUUAUUUUGAAAAUAAACACUUUUUAUAUCUA